AUGGGGCUGAUUGCUGUAGAGGCUCAGCUUAUCAGUAUCGCUCAACGCCAUCUUCAGCUUCGCUUCAAAAAAGUGCAGAGCCGACGGGGAGACGGGUGGGUUCAGUUCUUCUUUCCAGCACUCGACGAUCCAAAUCAGCUCCAGUACGAAGUGCAGCAGUUAUGUUGCUCGCUGGUGCGGGAUGAAACCGGUGGAAGCACUACCAUCCGCCUCUCUGGCGAGACGAAGGAUUCCAACUUUUCUAGCAUCGCUGACGCUUCCACCCCGUUUGUCAAUUUUUUGAGCAUGUCAGGUGAUGUCUCUGAGCAGCCCUGCAUUCUCGAUGAUUUAACCGACACCACUUCAGCCUCUUCGGCGAUCUGCAGGAUGUUGGACGUUUUAUAUCAGGACAUAGUGGGGGAUAUUCCUCAGGGUGUGCAUGCGGUGAGGGAUUUUCCGCCCUUUCUCUGCCCGACUGGUUCCCGCUUCGACGUGUUGCUAAAAAAGAUGGUCUGUAUUAGGGCCUUUUCAGCGACCACACACGACCUAGCUUCGCUAAGCGGUGUCGGAGAGAGUGAUCUUACCGGGCAAAACCGAUUGGUUGAUACCAACCACACAGAUCUGGUCAGCAACCAAAACGUUGCCAAUGAAAGCGAAAUUUAUAUGGACAACUCGAUUUUAAAAGACACUCUUAGCAUGGUAACGCUUCCGUCUGGGUUGGUUGGCAUGAUAUGGAUUGAUACCUCUGCUUUUGCGCAGGCGCUUGCACUGUCCGCGCACAGUGCGGGCAUCGAAAGUGAGCUGCCCGCCCUGUGGCGGUCCAAGACCUUCGGCCUCUUAGAGGGCCACGAGGUCAUCCAACAGGUGUACAUAGCGGUGAAGAACUAUUGGUGUGCGCAGCCGCCAUCGCACCGGACGGAGCGAACAAAGAUCAACGCGCUUACUCUCCUUUCCAUCGCUUCUGCCGAUUUACGUGAGUACUUAAAAACACAAAUUUCGCUGAGCGCGGCUGAUUGGCGUGGACCGUGGCUGAUAGAUCGUACUGAUCUUCGUGCAGCGCUCGAAUUGUGUAAGGAAUGGAAGCGGAUGGUUGAAAGGUUGUUGAAGAAGGAUUGGGAUAACUGGGACGGUGGAUUCUUUCAUGAUGAGAGCCUCAACAAACUUCUGCGCCGCCUCGUGCAGGCCGUUCGAAUUCGCGAAGAGUUGGAGCAAGCAGCACAGGUUUGGGAUUCCAAGGGCCUUCCGGAUUGCGUGCUGCCCCAGACGCUAUUUGAAAACGUGGACCUUAUGGACUUGAGACAGGACGACACUCAAUGGGACGCUUGUGUGGCUUCGUACGACAGGGAAAUGGGAUUUAUCGAGCCGAAGCUCUGCAAUAAAAUCCGAACACUUUUUCCCUCUCAAUCUACCUCUACAGGCAUUGGCAAUCAGGUUCGGUGGUUGGCUCAAUUCGACGCAUUGCUGCGCCGGAGCUUUAUCUACAAAUCUUUUGAAAAGAGUAUAAGUGAAGUUGCACAACGUUUUACGCAGCACAUUGGCAGAGUUCAGUCUCGCUGGAAUGAUGACUUAAGUCGGGCCACCACAGACCUCCAGAAGCUCCGCGUGAUUCGCAAUUUCGAGACAGAAUGCUGUCGUGUGGCUGAUCAAGCCUAUGAACUGUUCAAUUGUGGCGUCGGCACCGCUUCUCAUCAGCAGACUAUCAUAGAACUCUGCCGCGCCGCCAUGGUUGCGAUAAGGGAUGAGGAAAAGGCAGCCAUCGCACACUGGCGCGACGAGCUAGAGGUAAUGACUGAGAAGAUCGUCAAGAUCGACGACGCGGUCACGAUCGAAAUGGCGUACGGCGCGUCAGAUGCACCUGAUGAAGGCUUUACAGCCCAGAACCGGUACUAUCUCCGCUGCUUGGUGCAUCCCCUUGUGCGUCAGCUUCUGUUCGAGGCCGCAACCUUUCAGUUUUACGCGGUCAGAGCCAGCUCCCCCACGACUACCGCGCUUCCCACCCCGAUGAAGCUCUCGGAUGGGACGUGCAACAUUAUCCAGGCCGCCGUGCAGCUCAACAUUGCGGCUAUGCAAAUGCAGCAGUCUGCCGCCAAUUUCAAUACCGUUCUCCAACAGAUGAUUCCUUCCACACGUGCAAUACUGCGGCCUUUCAUUCAGCGCACUCUGUCGCACGUUCUUUUUGCUGACAGCCAACGGCGCUUGAUCCCCUUUGUCAACCAUCACGAGCUUGAGGGUCUUUCCCUGAGCUUCCAGAAUUCCACGGAAAACCUAAGCAAGGAUAACUGCCAUAUUCGUUGUUUCCAUAGUAAGUUCAUGAGCCAGGUCAUGGCACUGCAAAACGUGGAUCUGAUUACACAUAUGAGCCAAUGGCGAAGCGCCGUGGAUGGGAUGCGUGCCAGCUUUGACGAGUUCCUCUCACAGCACUACUACAAGAAUUACGAUGCAUGGCGCCGGCACUGGGAUUGUCAAAUUUACAAAUCCUUGGAGUUCCAAUACCGUCUCGGGUUGGAGAAGCUACACGAGGCGAUGGAUGAAUUUAAGGUUGAGUUAGUCUUUAAGCAGGGCUUAGUUCAAUUCAAGCCCAGUUUUGAGGCUAUUCGUGAGGCUUACUACAUCAAGCUUCGUGAGUUUGUAGGCGUGCCAUUGCGAUUUCGUGGCCUACAGCAGAAGCGUGAAGGAAGGGGAGACCGUUAUGAAAUCUACCCCGCGAUACCCAUCCAAAACUACUCUCAAAUCGUCACGGUGCACGUCAAGGCCAUGGAGGUAUUCACACGACUUAACCGCAUUCGAAGGGCAUUCCGCGUUUAUGUGGUGCUCGGUCUCUGUGGAAUGAACGGGGCGCCGGACUUGGAUACCGUUGUGGAGCAGUGGUGCGUAAAGCGGCACAACCCAGACGGCGGCGGUGAUCCCACUUGCACAGGGGAAUCGACUCGGCGCAGCAGCUUCCUUGAAGGUAUUCAAGCCCUAAAGGAGUACAGGGCUAAGCUCGCUAAGGUUGACAGCACCAUGAAGGUGGAUUGCUUUACCAUCAGUACGAUUCCUGUCAAGGUUAGCAUUGACGGGCAGCUCCAUCGCCUUGAGGAGUCUUUGCUGAACUUUUUACGUAAGGGCAUUCAAACCUCGUUGAAGGGUAUAGAUGAGUUUGUAUUUAGCGCUUCGAAUGUAAUUGAGCGGCAGCCCACCACCAUGGAUGAAGUUGGUCAGGCGAAUAAGGCAUACCGUGAGUAUUUGGCCCAGCUUCCUGGUUUCGAGGCCAUGUUAAGGGAGACAGAAGAAGAAAAUAAGGUGUUAAGGCAGUACUCGGGUGCGUCGAUAGACUUUAGUGCCACCAAAACUCGCUGGGAGCACCUGCGCGAGGCGAUGGUAUCACACACGAAGGUUAUAGAAAGCUCAGUGCUGAAGAUGCGGGUCUCGUUGGAUGCAUUAAUACAGAGGUUCCUCAAAAGCGUCCAGCGCUUUUCCGUAAACUGGGGGCGCCAGAAGACUGCAUUGCUACGGGCCUUCAAGGAGCGCAAGAUGGACAGCAUCGGGAAGCUCAUCGGCGAUUUCAAGGACCAAAUCAAGGACUUUGAGGACUUGAAGGUGCAGGCUGCGGAACUGAAGGCUAAGUGUGAGUAUUUCAACUUACCUCAACCUAACUUCACGCAGCUAGCUCAGAGCGAAAAGGAUGUCAACCGCACUUCAACAGCGUGGUCGCUGUACGACCAGUUUGAGGCAAAACUCGAUUGCUUGCGGUCUGAAGAUUGGCUAACGUUCCGCUCGAAUACUUACCACUUUGAUGAUUUCUGCACCGAGUGGAAUAAGACGAUAGAUGCUCACCUCCGUGGAAAUGCAAACGACGACAACACCAUCGCUGAGUACCUACAGGCACUUCUAGCGGAUUGGAAGUCCUUGAUUCCAUUGCUGAAGGUUGCUAGGGGAGAUGGAUGGAUGGCUGAACACUGGAAUCAGAUGUUCCGUUUAUUGGAUAUUCCGAGGAACAUCACGAGCACAAGUUUGACCUUCGGUGACCUUUUGAGUCGAUAUAAAGUGAUACUUGAGAAGGAAAGCGAACUCAAGCAGCUCCAUGCGCGCGCGCUCGGCGAGAUUCAGUUGCGAGAGGCCCUGCAAGACUUACAGACCUGGGCUCUAGAGGCAACUUUCAAACUCAUCAUGCCCACGAAUUUAUGCACCAAAGUGAAGCUCAUCACUGAAUGGAAAGAAGUGAUGAUGGAGGUGAGCGAUAACCAGGCGCUUGUAAGCUCCCUGAAGGACAGCCCAUUCUUUUCUCAUUUUGCCGACAACGUAAACGCUUGGGAGUCGAAGCUUUCCUCUCUGUCAGACUCUCUUGCGCUACUGAACAAAAUUCAGCGUAAAUGGGCGUAUCUGGAGCCUAUUUUCGCCCGUGGGGCCCUCCCGCAAGAGCAAUCGCGCUUUAAGCGUGUAGACAAGGAGUUCGUAGCGAUUCUACGAGACGUGGAGGCAGAUCCACGGAUCAUGAACGUUGCCACUCAGACCGAUCUGAAUGACAGGCUCAAGAUCAUUCUUGAGCAAAUCGAGCGCUGCCAGAAGUCCCUUAUGGAAUAUCUUGAAGCAAAGCGGGAUAAAAUACCGCGCUUUUACUUUAUCAGCGACGAAGACCUGCUAGAAAUUUUGGGUGACAGUCACAACCCUUUUGUAAUCCAAGCUCACCUGAAGAAGCUCUUUAUGGGCAUCAAUCUUGUCGAGUUCAACAUGGAUAAGACAGCGAUAACACACAUGCUCUCCGCAGAUGGUGAAAGGGUCGAAUUACAGCAACCAGUCUCUAUCGCAGAUAGCACUGACGCUGAGGAUUGGCUGGUUGGGCUAGAUGAGAUGAUGAAACGAACACUGCAUGAGCAGCUCGUCCGCUGUGUCGAGGAAGGAGCGAACUUGGCAAUUCUCGAGGUCAUCCAGCGAUUCCCUUCUCAGGUCUUGCAAGUGGCACAACAAAUUCACUUUGCCCGAGUUGUUGAAAGGGCUAUUGAGGCAGAUACCCUGAAGAAACUCGAAGCGUGGCAACACGAAGAACUCGAACGUCUUAUCGUUAUGUCUGUAGAGGUUGGUAGCGGUGGCGACAGCGAGUCUAGGGGCGUUGCACAACUGAAAAUCAAGGCUCUUAUUCUUGAUGCUAUUAAGAAUUUGCAAAUUCUGGAGCAGCUUAUAGCAAAGAACGUUCGAAAAGCAAAUAGCUGGCACUGGCAAAAACAGCUCCGUUACAGCAUGAACACCAAACAGCAGUGUUGGGUCCAUAUGGCUGACACCACUUUUGAAUACACAUUUGAGUACCAAGGAAAUGCACCGAAGCUGGUGCACACCCCCCUCACCGACAAGUGCUAUUUAGUUUUGACAAAAGGCAUGAACCUUGGCUACGGCGGAAAUCCCUACGGACCUGCGGGUACAGGCAAGACAGAGUCCGUAAAGGCGCUUGGUAGCGCCAUGGGAAGGCAAGUGUUAGUGUUUAACUGUGAUGAGGGCAUCGAUUGUAAGGCGAUGGGCCGUAUAUUGGUGGGCAUUGUCAAGUGUGGGGCUUGGGGUUGCUUUGAUGAAUUCAACCGUCUAAAGAUUGACCAACUCUCUGCCAUUUCGCAAAUGAUUCAGGGCAUCCAAGAGACGCUGAAGAACAAGGAACCGACUUGCUUGCUAUCGGGUCGGCACGUGGAAGUCAACCCCCAUGUUGGGAUUUUCGUGACGCUAAACCCCGCCGGCAAAGGCUACGGCGGCCGCACGAAGCUCCCAGAUAACCUGAAGCAACUUUUUAGAGAAGUUGCGAUGAGUGUUCCGGACAGUAGGCUGAUCGCCAGCACCAUAUUACUUUCAGAUGGGUUUAAGCAGGCCCAGUUGAUCGCUAAGAAUGUCGUGGAGCUCUACAAGCUGUGCGGGCAGUUGCUUUCAUGGCAGCAGCAUUACGAUUGGGGCCUGCGCCCACUCAAGGCGGUUCUGCAGUACGGCGGGACUUUGAUGCAGCGUUGGCGGAAGGAGAGACCGCAACAGAUCCCCACAGAAGCUGAGGAGCUAGAACUUAUAGUACAGUCCAUCAAUAUCAACACCCUCAGCAAGCUGACCUUACAAGAUACCGGCCUCUUUAAUAGACUAAUGAAGGAUGUCUUUACGGGCGUCACCUCACGGGAGGCUACCCAUAUGGAGCUUGAGAAAGCCAUUUUAGCGGCGACUGCCGCUCUCGGACUGCAGCCCAAUGCCUCACAGGCCAUCAAGGCUCUUCAGCUGUAUGAGGCCAUGAAUCAGCGUAUGGGGGUGGUGCUCGUUGGCUCCAGCGGCACCGGCAAAAGUACGGUUCUGCGUAUUCUGACCAAGACAAUGGAAAAGAUGGAUAUCCCGGUCCUCGUGCACCACAUAAACCCCAAGGCGAUGGCCAGGCGCCAACUGCUCGGCUACAUGGACGCGGAUACGCGGGAGUGGUACGACGGCGUGCUCACUGUCGCCGCGAGGGAUGUGGCGAAGCAGCCGAAGGAGGUUCGCGCGUGGGUGGUGUGCGACGGCGACAUCGACCCGCUCUGGAUUGAAUCCCUCAACUCCGUCUUGGAUGAUAACCGCCUGCUCACCAUGCCGAACGGUGUUCGCGUGCACUUUGGUACAAAUGUGAACUUUUUGUUCGAGACAGACAGCCUGAAGUGCGCCUCGCCGGCGACAGUUUCGCGAAUGGGAGUGCUCUUCUUCUCGGAGAAGGAUAUUGAUCUCGGGGGAUUUUUGAAGUCGGCAAUAUCAAAACAACCAGGGAAUACGCGGCAGCGGCUUUUGCCACUGCUUAAUAAGUACGCCACAAGGGCUAUUGAGGAGGUGAUGCGACUGGAUGAUCUCAUCGUGCCGACAACCCCCGUUGGACUUCUCAACGCAGUGUUAAAUCACGUCCUCGACGCACAAAAUGAGGCUGACUUUAUUUACUCCAUGAUUCGUGCACUCUGUAGCGCCAUGAACGCGUCCGGCGCGGUGCAACUGGCGAACUGGUUGUAUGCAGAAAGCGGGCAGAAGCCACUGUCGACCUCGAGGCCACUAGAUACCUAUUGGGAUAGUACAAGCGGAACUAGUAUGGAAUUCCAUGCAGAUCUCAGCUUCAACAACAGCGCUCUUUCGCCCAGUUCUGCACUGGAAUGUUUGAUUUCUGGUGAUGGGCUCGUUGUGCAGACAAUCGAAAUGCAUCGUGCACAAACCAUUUUGAACCCUCUCUUACGAGGUCAGGCAUGUAAGCCGAUCUUCCUGGUGGGGCCCGAGGGCUGUGGUAAAGGCUGCAUCCUGAAACACUGUUUGCGGUCCUACACGGGCAUCCGCACCAUGACUAUUAAUUGCAGUGCGCAAACGACCUCUGCCGUGCUUAUCCAAAAGUUAGAGCAGCUUUGCAGCAUGCACGGCACGGUGAAAGGUCGCGUCCUGCAACCGAAGGAUGGCGAGCGCCUUGUGAUUAUAUUGAAAAACAUCGACCUGCCGAAGCCCGAUAAGUACGGCACGGUGGAACUGCAUGCUUUCCUGCAGCAACUCAUUUCAAACGACGGAUUUUAUAGCAACGAGUUGGAAUGGAUCGGAACGAGGCAGCUUCAGUUGGUGGCGACGAUGAGUUCCAACAGGGCGUUCAGCGGCUAUACUGUAACGCCACGUCUGUUAGCCAUGGUCAACAUCGUAUCCAUCGGCUAUCCCUCCAAGAAAAGUUUGCUUCAGAUUUACGGUAGCUAUUGGUCGGUAUGCCUGCGCGCCACAAACAUCGGGCAGGGCAGCGACUACAACGAUGGCUACGACCUUGCGCAGCUUGUUACCAAUAUCUACGAGAGAAUAUGCUCCUGGGCGGAGGGAAAGGACUAUGCACACAUUCGCUUCAGCCCACGCCACCUCACUCGCUGGGUUGCCAACGUCCUCAUGUACAAAAUCGACAGCAGCACAACUCUUCCUGCUGUAAUUGCCUACGAGGCAAGACGCAUUUUUAUAGAUCCUCUUCCCUCUCUAGAGGACCGCAUGACGGCGGACCGGAUUCUUUCCGAGCGGCUUGCCAUGAUUGGGUACUCGACGCCUGCCAAAGAAGACAGCUUCGCGUUUAUGUACGUUACGUGGUUCAGUCAAAGGGCCGCUGUGGCUCCUGAGGCUGGUGAGCCCGAAAUCGACGGUGAAGGCAUCGCCCUCAAGCAGCAGAGCCUUUCACGUAUGAAUCGGCUUCUGGAGCGAUACAGCUAUAAGGAUAUUGCGGGUGAGGUUUCCGCUGCGCUGUUGCGCUACGGACGCGAGUUUAAGGAUCUCAUGAUGACGGUGAUCCCACCUGUUGUGUAUUGGAUCGCCUGCGUCGAUCGUGUGCUAUCGCGUACGGCAGGGCAUCUCAUUGUUGUCGGACGGCCGGGCGUUGGUCGCCGUGAUACGAUUGUGUUGGCCUCGUACCUGCAGCAGAUGGAGGUUGUUACGUUUCAUAUCACACAAGACUACACCAUCAAAAACUUCCGUGCUGAUAUGAGGGCCUUCAUUCAGAAUACCGUCGUGCAGAAUACCCGCAUGACACUCAUUGUUGAAGAGCACCAGAUUAUUGACGAGUUCUUCUUGGAAUUGCUAAACAGCUUAGUCAGCUCAGGUGAGGUACCUGGUCUGUUUACGACGGAGGAGAUGGAAAUUAUGUAUACGUCGUUGCGUGAGGAUGCGGCAAGCGACGGCUAUAUCGGCCCUAUCGCGUCGUACUUUGUUGAUCGUUUACAGCGCAACCUGCAUGUGGCAUUUAUAUUGGAUCCCUGCCAUGAGUUGUUUUUGCUCCGUUUGCAAUCUAACCCGGACUUUAUUCGUGCAUGCGAGUUACUUUGGAUGGGCACUUGGUCCGCGGACAUCACCAAAACCAUGUGCAAGACCCAAAUGAAGGAUCAAAUUGCCCUACUUGACGAGGAUCCGGCUCAGAAAGGGUUUUGCCUACAUCGCGAAAUGCUUUCCAUUCACGAGAGCGUACCUAACGCAACCCCGAAGGACUUUGAAGUGUUCAUGAAAACCUACACCAAGAUCAUGUUAAGCAGGAGGAAGUCCAGUCAUGAUAACAUCAUUCGUCUGGAAGCCGGACUAGUGAAGCUUCGAGAUGCAGAGGAUAAGGUUGCGGGUAUCAAAAGGGAUGUAUCGGCGAAGAAGUCUGCUGUAGAAGCGAUGCAAAAGGAAGCCGACGAAGCUUUGAACCAAAUCCAGAAAAAUAUUCAGAGCUCACAGGAACAGCGCGACCAGGCAAGUGAACUGCGAGAGAAGCUUAGCGAAGAGCAAAAAAGUAUCGAGUUUAAUCGAAAGAAAUCCGAGGAAAAGCUUGGGAACAUCAAGCCACUCAUGGAGGCUGCUCGUGACGCCGUGAGUUCUAUUCGCACUGAGCAACUAAAUGAGAUGCGUUCCCUCAAAGCACCACCGGAGCCGAUUCGCGAUGUGCUCGAGGGAGUCUUGGCACUGCUCGGUGUUAGCGACGUGUCGUGGCAAUCCAUGCGGAAUUUCCUAGCGGAGCGCGGCGUCAAGGAGCGAAUUGUUGACUUUGAUAUAAAGAAUGUGACACCUCAGAUUCGUGCAAAUGUGUCAUCCCUUCUUAAGCAAAAGGCCACGUCUUUCAAACCGGAGGUAAUUCACCGUGCCUCCCUGGCGGCGGCCCCAAUGGCGGACUGGGUGAGAGCGAUGGUUGAGUACUCCAAAAUCAUGGACCAAAUUUCGCCGCUGACGCGUCAAAUUGAGGUGCUUGAACAGAACCAACGCGAGGGAGAGCAAAAGCUCCAGCAUCUUGAGGAGAAACUGAAGAAGAUUGACAAGUGUGUGGGCCAACUCCGCGAGAACUUUUCCAAAAAGUGCAAGGAGGCGGAGCGCUUGCGUGAAAAACUCAAGACAGCCGAGGGGGAGUUGGAAAGGGCAGAGGAGCUCCUGGAAAAGCUGAGCGAUGAAAAAACGCGAUGGGCGCAGGACAUUGCUUCACUUCGUAUGGCUACGGAGUCGAUGCCCAAACGUGCACUCAUCAGUGCUGCCUUUAUGACUUAUAUUCCACAUACCAUCGAGGAGGUUCGUCAGCGUUACCUCAGGCAAUGGGCCGAGCGCCUUGGGUUGAUGAGCAGCAACGAGGAGGGUGAAACGGCUGCUGUCGAUGUUCGUUGCAUCGAUUUUUUGCGAACCGAGAGCGAGAUCCUGCAAUACAAGUCCGAGGGCCUUCCUGAUGACGAGUUGAGCCUCGAGAACGCGGUUGCGAUACUCGAGGCGACUCAAACCCCGCUCGUCAUCGAUCCCGCGAACGCGGCACUUGAGUGGAUGAAAACGCACCUAAGACGGAGCAACGUCAUUGUUGAGGUUGCUUCAAUGCACGAUAAACGCUUCACUCACACACUGGAGCUGGCCAUUCGCUUUGGGAAAACUCUCUUGGUGACAGAGGUCAACACGGUGGUGCCAAUUUUGUAUCCUAUUCUUCGACGGGAUUUAGCCUCGUGCGGUGCGAAGCGUAUUGUGAGGGUCGGUAACAAGGCGGUGGACUGGCAAGACUCUUUCCGCAUUAUACUCUUCAGCCGAAGCACAGACCUGCAUCUGCCGCCCUGUGCCGCCGCUCUAGUGAUGGAGGUGAACUUUUCCGUGACCACACGGAGCUUAGAGAGUCAGCUGCUUAGCAUCACGCUCCAGAAUGAGCGCCCAGAGUUGGAGGCACAGAAAGUAGAGUUGCUGAAGAAAGAAGAGGGACUCAAGAUGGAGCUCAUAAAGCUUGAAUCGCAGCUACUGCGGGAGCUUACGGAUUCCCAGGGGAACUUUAUGGAGAACACACAGUUGGUGACUUCACUAAACACGGUCAAAGCUCAGGCCUCCGUGAUUCAACAGGCACUGUCCGAAUCGUGCGCGCUCCAGGCGGAGCUGGAUGAUAAGCGCGAGAUAUAUCGCUCCUUCGCCAGCAAAGGCUCUCAGAUCUUCUUUCUGCUUAAGCGCCUGGAGAGGCUUAGCCGGAUGUAUCAAUUCGGUCUUAACGACUUCCUCGGGCUGUUCAGUGAAACUUUGCAAAAGGACCGCAUGAAGGGGGACAUGGGCGUGGAGGAGACGAACACGCCGAUACGGACCUCCACGCUCGUGCAUAGCCUGGCACGGUGCGUGUUUUAUCGGGUUUGCACUGGACUCCUCAAGAAGGACCGGCUGGUGUUUGGCCUGCAGCUUUUGCAGGUUCUCCUACCCGAGCAGUUCCCGGCAAAGCAAUGGGAGGCCCUUGUUGGCUCCGCGCCGAAGGUUGUCCGGGAGGAGUCGCUGUCGCUACCGAAAUGGGCCUCGUCGGCGGCAAAACCACGGUUCAGCGCACUGCUCUCCAGCAGCGUCGGGCACGAACUUGUCUCCAAGUGGCACCUCCAUGACGGGGCGGGGUGGUCUCGUUGGAUGGCAUCAGUACAGCCUGAGCUCUUCAAUGAGAUCGAACAACCGUCAGAGAAGGUGCUGAGUGUGGUUGAGAAACUCCUCCUGAUCAGCACCUUCCGUCCGGAUCGUUUCUCAGCGCUGGGGAUGCGUGUUAUCAUGAAGGAGUUGUGUGUCAGCUCGCUGGUGCCCCCGACGUCGAUGGAGGAGACCAUCCUCUGCAGCUCCUCUGCGCGUGUUCCCGUGCUAUUGGUGACUUCCAGUGGUGCGGACCCGAGCCUGGAGGUCCAGAGCAUCGCCAUUCGCCGCAUGGGCAGGGAACGAUUCACACAGAUAGCCCUGGGUGGUGGAGUGACCGAGGAGGCCAUGCAACAGCUAAGGUCCAGCGCCGCACAAGGUGGGUGGAUUUUUCUUAAAAAUCUACACCUCGUAUUAGAUUGGGUUCCCACGCUGGAGAACGAGCUUUGUGCGAUGCCGGAACCACACAAGGACUUUCGCCUCAUAAUUACGACAGAACCGCACGACGCCUUCCCGUCUGUACUGUUGCAGAUGUCUCUGAAAAUCACGAUCGAGGCGCCGCCUGGUGUGAAGCAAAACCUCCUGCGCACUUACCAAAUAUGGGAUCGAGUCUUCCUGGAGGAGCAGUCAACGCCCAAGGCACAGGUAUUUUUUGCGCUCGCCUGGCUGCAUGCUGUAGUGCAGGAGCGUCGGACCUUCGUGCCGCAAGGCUGGACCUCGUACUACGAGUUUUCCACGGCCGAUCUCAAGGCCGCCACGGAUAUUCUUCUUCAGCUUGACAUCCAACGAGAGACGAACUGGGAAAGCCUCAAGGGGUUUCUCAUGGAUUGCGUCUACGGCGGCCGUCUCGACAACCCGCACGACAUUGAAGUUCUGCACCAACUCAUCCAGCUACUUUUUUCGAAUGAAGUUGUUGUGCAAUGUAAGUCUUCUCUGUAUGAAGACAUGACAGUGCCGAACACGAAUAACCACGAUGCAGUCGUCUCGCUGCUGGCCCGCAAACUGCCGAAUGUUGAUCAGCCGGCGCUUCUGAAGCUUCCCGACAACGCGGAUCGUGUUGUGGAAGAGAACAAGGCCCUUGUGUAUAUUGAGCAACUUCAAAUGCUCAAUCAGCUGGUUUUCCUCAGCGACGUCGCCACCAACGCUGAAAGCCGCAAGCUUUCGCUCAGCCGUCUGAAACUUCUGAUCACACCCGUGCUGGAAUUAUGGGAGACCAGUGAGCUUAGCAAAGGGGCGCAAAGCAAGUUAGUCGUUGGUGACAUCGAUGCACAGAGUCAGGACCUAAACCCCAUGGAUGUUUUUUUUGCGAGCGAGUUAAGUCUACUGAAGCGAUUGAUAGUUGACCUGGGCUCCUACUUCAAGGACUUACACGCCAUGGUUGAGGGAACACUGUCUCUCCCAGACACUCAGCAGGAGGAGAUCUUGGAGAUCGGCAGCUGCCGAAUGCCAAGCAGGUGGUUGGACCGCAUGGGUGGGCCUAGGGACGUCAAACUUUGGCUUGACGUUGUCCUGCGAAGGUAUCGUAGUGUACAAACCCUCCAGAAAGGCUCGCUGUCCAUGGGGAUGCCAUACAAUUUGGCAGAUUUGCCACGACCACAGGCCUUUUUGAACGCGCUGCGUCAAUACACAGCUUCCAAAUGUAGAAUUCCCUUGGCAGAUUUGUCCCUCUUCGGCACUUUGGCGUCCAAUGCUGGGGUAACUGGCAGUCUUCCCUUUAGUAUCCAGCUAAAGGGCUCUUCAAUUAAUCUGCAAGGCGCACUCAUGGACCAGAGUAUACGACUGCAGCCGGUGAACUCAAACUCCGCAUCCUCCGUGAUGCUUCCGUGUGACCUCGUCAUUGGGUGGACGACAGAGGGACAGAUGCGCGAUAGGCUCAAGGGUCACGUUCAGGUCCCGUUGUACGCUGCUCCGGACCGUCAGUUAUUUUUGCUUUCCAUAAGCAUACCGCAUAGCGCGGAAUCUGAUGCCUUAAAGGUUUCCCUAAAUGGGGUUGCAUGCUUUCUGGCAAGUGUGUAA